GUCACAGAUAUUAAAUAAAAUUAUUACAUUGUGUGGUCGAGUGUCGAACGCGUCGGUGGAGUCGACGAAAUUUAGGACCGUUGAAGUAGGAUUUAUUCCUACGGUGUGUGUUGUGAAAAUGAGUUUGAAACAAAUAGUUUUGUUUGCAUGUGUGUUAGCUGUAUCUUUGGGACAAGAAUACCGAGUAUGCGUCACAAAUGGAGUGGUUCCAGCUUCAUGCAAUAGUUUGAGUAUUAACGGCGGCCGGUUUAUGUGUGAACGCGUGGAAUCCAGGGUGGAAUGCGCGGAGAAGUUAGCUAAGAAAGAAGCAGAUGUAGCUUACUUCACAUCAGAAGAAACUUUACUUCUGGCGCAUCAACAACCCACUGACAGUAGAGUAAUUGCUACAGUCAGACAUAUAGAGAACCUUGAGCCUUACGACUUCGAGGCAGUGGCCGUGGUCCCUAUCAAUCACACCAAUGGUUUGGAAGGUCUCCGCGGUGGAGUAUACUGCCACCCAGGCUUCGAUGUUGAAGACUCCAAAUGGUCUCUAAGAGUAUUGAAGACCCUUGAGCAACAGGCGGCUCGUACAGACAGAUGCCAGGAUGCCAACACAGCCGGCAAAACCGCUGAGGAGAUGGAGGUGGACACCCUAAGCAACUUCUUCUCAGCAGCCUGCAGGCCAGGAACCUGGAGUAGCAAUGACACCGUCGAUGCUAACCUAAAAUCCCGCUACCCAUCCCUCUGCAGCCGUUGUGGACCCGAUCCCAGUUGUUCAAGAUACACGCUGGAUAUGGGCGUAGCAGUGGCUGGAGCCAACAACGAUAACCGUCACAUCCAAGCCUUGGAGUGCCUGAGGGUCAAUGGCAAUGCUUCCAACACCGCCGUGGCGUACGUUGCGUGGCAGCAUGUUAGACAGUUCUUCAGUCGUCGCAACCCCAAUGACGCCCCGUUCUAUGCGGUGCUCUGCCCCAAUGGUACGCUGGCCCCCCUGACCACUGACACCCUGAACAAUGCCAUCUCACCAUGUUCUUUCGUCCGUCAACCUUGGGGAACCAUUGUAGCCGCUACAGACAAUGCAGCUGCCGUCCUUCUAGCCUUGAGGACCGCUUGGCCAGCAGGAUCAAACCCUGGUAGCUCUUGGCAGUCAACGCUAUUCACCAUGUUAGCUGGCCCAGCCACCGCUCGAGUGAUUUACGAGGACGCUCCUGUAUCGCCAUUGGAUUUUACUUCCUCAUUCCGUUCAAUCAGCAAUGCUGACGCCAGUGCGUCCUGCAUGCCCGCUCGCCGCUGGUGCACCGUGUCUGAAGCAGAAUUGGCCAAGUGCAAUUGGGUGAGAGGUGCAGCUCAUAUUCUGGGUAUCCAGCCUUCUAUCACAUGUCUGAGAAGGAACACAGUCCUGGACUGUCUCUCUGACGCCAAAGCUGAACAAGUUGACUUCCUGGCAAUAUCUUCCACCUACGGCUACUUGGCUAGACAGCACUACCAGCUAACUCCAGUAAAAUUGGUUCAGAACCAAUUUGCCAACGCGACCAAGAUCGCAGCUUUCGUUAAGGAAUCGUCUGUCGCUUCUGGCAACCUCACCCGCUUCGAGAACCUUCGAGACAAGAACGCCUGCUUCCCUGAAUUUGGUGGACUAGCGUAUGUGUCAUUCGUGAGAACUGGACAUGAGAGGGGAAUUUUGCCAACAUCUGAAUGCGACUAUGCGCGCGUUGUCGGCGAAUUCUUCGGCGGUGCUUGUGCUCCCGGCGCCAUUGAUGCCUCUUUCGCUCUCUCUGAUUCUUCCAGUUUCAAUUCAUCCAGAUUGUGCACAGCUUGCCGAGCUACGCCUGGUAUGGUCAACAUCCCUGACCCGGUCUGCACCUGGGAUUACAACACAAACCGUUACUUCGGCAACAAUGGCACCAUCGCGUGUUUGGCUGACGCCGCCAAUGAUGUGGCCUUCUUGAACAUCAGGAAUAUGCGAAGCUACAUACAGUCCCUGCAACUUCAAGAGAACCAGUUCCGUGCUCUCUGCUAUAACAAUUCCCUCGCCACGCGCACUGGUAUCGACAUCGAUGAUGGCUGCCUCUUGGCUCAUGUUUACGACAGCGAGAUUGUUGCUAGAAGAAGCGACCCAUACUACAACAGUUUGAGCACACUCUUCGACACCCUCGACGCAUACUUCGGAUACUUAGCGGCGAAUGGAAACCAGCUUAUCAACAUAGAAUUGUACUCACCCUUCAACGGAGUCUCUCACUUAUUAUUCAGAGACACCGCCAUUGGUCUUGCUGAACCUAUCAGAAACCCAGACCUUGAGCUGGCCAAUAAUUAUAUGAACCUCGUCAGCCACUUACAAUCUUGCACGGGCACCACACCUCCCGUGCCUGGGCAUGCCAACCGAAGUGUAUACUCCAUAAUAACCUUAUUCGUAAUGGCUCUAAUGACAAGAUUCGUUGUCUAUUAAACCAUUUUCAGUGCGUAUCCGAACGCACUCUUUUAGUUUUAAGUUUUUGACAUUGACAGUUGUUUUGGCGGGAAUUGUUUUUUUUUGUGUGAAUAUUUUGUUCUUUGCAAUUGAAUGUUUUAUUUUAUGAUUUUCCAUAUAGCGUUGUGCAUAUCUACAGAAUUUAACGUAUUAUUUUUAUAACAGUAUUCAAUUAACAUCACUUAAAUACCUAAUUAGGUAAGUAUUUAAACAAUAUUUUAUGCAAUAAAGAUAUUUUACCUUUAGAUAAGGCUAUUUUAUUGUAAUUUGAAACAAAAGGUAUAUUUUUGUAGCUGAUAUCCUCCGAUUUUUCAUUAAUAUUGUAUGUAUGUAUUACAUAUAUAGGUAGAAUAGUAAAUAGUAAAAUAUAAUUUAGAUUAAGCUACACCGUUACCAUUGUACUUUAUUUGUAUUUUUUGUGAAUAAAAUUAAACUUUUUUAC